GCGAAAAGUUCAGCCAGCCGGGCUUUCUCCAAUUACCUUUCUCCAAUAUCGUCUGCCACACUCCAUUGAUCUUUGCCUUGUGAAGGUUUGUCGGGUGGCCUCCGAUCUCCAUUUCAACGCCGAUAAUUCUCUGAGACUGAACAAAGGUAGAGAGAAAUGGGAGAUCAGGUGGGAAGAGCAGAUGAAUAUGAGAAGAAAGCAGAGAAGAAGCUGAACGGUUGGGGUCUUUUUGGGUCCAAAUACGAGGACGCUGCCGAGCUAUUAGAGAAGGCUUCCAAUUUGUACAAGCUUGCCAAAUCAUGGGAUAAAGCCGGAGCAAGUUAUGUCAAGUUGGCGAAUUGUCACUUAAAGGUUGAUAGUAAACAUGAAGCCGCCAGCGCUUUUGUUGAUGCUGCUCACUGCUAUAAGAAAACAUCUGCAAAUGAGGCGAUAUCUUGCUUAGAGCAGGCUGUAAAUCUAAUGUGUGAUAUUGGAAGGCUCAGUAUGGCUGCAAGGUAUUACAAGGAAAUUGCUGAAUUGUAUGAGUCAGAGCAAAACAUAGAGCAAGCUAUUGUUAACUAUGAAAGGGCUGCAGAUAUGUUCCAGAGUGAAGAAGUAACAACCUCUGCCAACCAGUGCAAGCAGAAAGUUGCUCAAUUUUCUGCUCAACUGGAACAGUAUCAGAGGUCUAUAGAGAUUUAUGAAGAAAUUGCUAAGCAGUCACUCAACAAUAACUUGCUGAAAUAUGGAGUUAAAGGACAUCUGCUGAAUGCUGGCCUAUGCCAUCUUUGCAAAGGCGAUGUUGUUGCAAUUACUAAUGCAUUAGAACUGUAUCAGGAGCUGGAUCCAACCUUUUCAGGAACACGUGAAUACAGGUUUUUAGCGGAUAUUGCUGCUGCUGCUAUCGAUGAGGAAGAUGUUGCGAAGUUCACCGAUGUUGUCAAGGAAUUUGACAGCAUGACCCCUCUGGAUCCUUGGAAGACAACCCUUCUAUUGAGGGUAAAAGAGAAGCUGAAAGCUAAGGAAAUGGAGGAGGAUGAUCUUACCUAAGAUCAGAUGUCUAUGUUAUGUUGUUUUGGUUCUUCCCAUUGUACGACGUCAUUAUGUCAUGAGACAACUAAAUUGGUAUCCUUUUACUGCAUAUAUAUAUAUAUAUUUGGUUUGGCUUUUAACAAGAGUGUGUGUAAGCGUAACAUCUUGGACGGCGUAGCAAUGAACUUGAAGAGUAAAGAAGAGGGGACUCAAUGGAUGAUUAUGUUGAAGUUCUGGAUGCAUAUUUUAUGCCCUGAUUCACAGCACAAUCCUUAUAUCUCUUCAUUUCCUUUGUAACUGGUCGUAAACUGAAUGUGAAUUUGGUUGAUGGCUUGUCUGCAAUCUGCAGUUCAUAGUAGAGUACAGCCGUCUGAAUAUCCAUAAGGGGCUUUGUUUUGUUUCUUCCCGAGACCAUCCAUUCCAAUAGAAUUUUAAAAGGGAUCCUACAGUACUAGGCAUGAUAUUAUAUUUUACGUUGUAGUUGACGGAUUCUUCA